CGCCUCUUCCUGCGGCAGCCGCGCAGUUGCUGCCAUGGCGCUGCGCCGGGCGGCCGCCGCGCUCUCCCCCGCCCUCCUCCUCCUCCUGCUGCUGCCCGCGGUGGCGAGCGCGGGCUUGAGCAGCUACUUCGGCACUAAGUCCCGCUACGAGGAGGUGAACCCGCACCUGGUGCGCGACUCGCUGUCGCUGGGUCCCGCCGCGGGCGGGUCGCGGCCGCCCGCCGCCUGCGCGCCGCUGCAGCUCCGCGCCUUGCUCCGCCACGGCACCCGCUACCCCACGGCCGGGCAGAUCCGCCGCCUGGGCGAGCUGCACGCCCGCCUCAGCCGCCGCCCCGCCGCCGCCUGCCCCGCCGCCGCCGCCCUGGCCGCCUGGCAGAUGUGGUACGAGGAGAGCCUCGACGGGCAGCUGGCGCCGCAGGGCCGGCGCGACAUGGAGCACCUGGCCCGCCGCUUGGCCGCCCGCUUCCCGGCCCUCUUCGCCGCCCGCCGCCGCCUGGUGCUGGCCAGCAGCUCCAAGCACCGCUGCCUGCAGAGCGGCGCCGCCUUCCGCGACGGGCUCGGGCCUUCCCUCAGCCUCGGCGGCCACGAGGUGGAAGUUGAAGUUAAUGAUUCCUUGAUGCGCUUUUUCGAUUACUGCGCCAAGUUCGUUGCUUUGGUGGAAGAGAACGACGCGGCGAUGUGCCAGGUGAAUGCCUUCAAAGAGGGGCCGGAGAUGAGGAAGGUCUUGAAGAAGGUGGCGAGUGCCUUGUGUCUGCCGGUGGAGGAGCUGAACGCAGAUCUUGUUCAAGUCGCUUUUCUCACCUGCUCAUAUGAGUUGGCUAUAAAAAAUGUGACUUCCCCAUGGUGCUCACUCUUCAGUGAAGAAGAUGCCAAGGUACUGGAAUACCUGAAUGACCUGAAGCAAUACUGGAAGAGAGGAUAUGGCUAUGACAUCAAUAGUCGCUCCAGCUGCAUUUUACUCCAAGAUAUCUUCCAGCAUUUGGACAAAGCAGUGGAAGAGAGCAAAAGUUCAAAACCCAUUUCUUCACCUUUGAUUGUACAAGUUGGACAUGCAGAGACACUUCAGCCACUGCUUGCCCUUAUGGGUUUCUUCAAAGAUGAUGAGCCUCUCAGGGCAAACAAUUAUGUCAGACAAAUGCAUCGGAAAUUUCGCAGUGGCCGGAUUGUGCCUUAUGCAGCCAACCUGGUAUUUGUGCUUUACCACUGUGAUCAAGUGAAAACCUCUAAAGAAGAGUAUCAAGUGCAGAUGCUGUUGAAUGAAAAACUGAUGUCGUUUCAUCACUCAAAUAAAACCAUCUCUACUUACGCGGACCUCAAGGACUAUUACAAGGACAUCCUGGAAAACUGCCACUUCAAAGAAGAGUGUGAAUUACCAAAAGUUAAUAUUACUGCUGUUGAUGAACUUUGAGGAAAUGAAACAGGGUGGGUGUUUGCAAAUUGGUUUUGGUUCUGUUUGACAGACGUUGUGAACAAGCACUCUUGAUGAUGUGCUGCUGCUGUGUUAACUUUCUAAACUUGCAGAUUUGAUGGGUUGCCUCAGCUCAAUGCACUGUUUAUUUGUGACAUAAGCAGAAUUACAAAAAAAAAUGCUUAACAGGGAUGUUCUGAGCAUUUGUGACAAAUACGUGAUGCGAGAUAAAGUGUACCUGUAUAUUUAUAUGUACAAAAAAGUAAUUUAAUUGGUCAUUUCUUAUGAAUGUGCUGUAGAUGGAUUUAAGAGCUGGGGCAACCUCUAUUUUAUCAGAGCUGAAGGUGGUUGGACUGAUUGAGUAUUGCUUUGCGCUGCCUGUUUUGCUAAUUACCAUUUUCCUGUGACAAGCAUGAAAUAAUUCAAACCUGUAAGCUUUUUUCUCCUUUUCCUGAGCCUCUAGGAGGCAGAGGGUACGUAGUCCUUCUCCACAGCUGCCCAGCUUCUGCCUGGCAAAGAUGGGAACAUCUUUCUUGGGCAUUUAAAGCAGGAGUUGCAGUGUUCCUGCAUGCAUUAUUAAUGACAGGAUAAGGGACAGUGGGCACAAAUUGGAGCACAGGAAAUUCCCCCUGAACAUGAGGCCAAACCCCUUCCCUGUGCGGGUGCCAGAGCAGGGGCACAGGCUGCCCAGAGAGGCUGUGGGGUCCCUUCCCUGGAGACAUUCACCCCCCGCCUGGACGCGGCCCUGUGCCCCUGCUCUGGGGGUGCCUGCUCACGCAGGGGGUGGGAUGGGGUGAGCUCCAGAGGGCCCUUCCAGCCCCCACCAGUCUGGGAUUCUGUGAUUAUCUGCCUGAAAGGGGCAAGUUAGCCUCCAGGGUCAGUAAAUUAUCUUUAAAAAGAAGUAGUGAAACAAGACCCUACCUCCACCCCAAAUAACAAAACAAAACUAAACCCCCCCAAAAAACCCAACACACACCCCACACCCCCCCACCCCCCCGAAAAAAAAAAGUGAGGGAGUAGGAAGUAGCCACUCUUACUUCAAGGUGCUCUGGGAGAUGCAGUAGUUACUCUCUAAGUAAUCUGGUGCGUCCUUUCACUGACACAAUUUCUUGCAUUAAAGGUUUGGGCUAGGGCGUUCAGGUUAGGCUCUGCUACAGCUACGAACAUCUUGGUCACGUCCAGGCUCUGACAGUUUUCCUAUCAGUUCUAGUUGGAAGGGACCUCCAGAGGUCUCCAGUCCAGCCUCCUGCUUGAAAUGGGAUUGUUGCUAACCCUAAAUCCAGGCAGGUUUUGGACUGUAAAAAGCGUCUGGCUUGGACUUGACUUCUGCUAGUUUUAAGGCACCGAACGUGGUGUUGCAUAUGUAGGCCUUAUCCAUUUGAUGUGCCACUUUGUUCUUGAAAUGAAGCUGGUUUUAAAGAAAUUAAUUGCAGACAAGUACUGGUGAUUUUUUUAAAUCAACCACACUUAAAGUAGGUUCAGAUGCUAUUGAAAGGUGGAAAGUAUUUUAGAGCUCUGCAGUGUGGCAGAAAAGGAAAAAUUAAGAUAAUUGUCCAGAAAUGUCUGAAACGCAGUAAGUCAGAUAAAAACUCCUUCAUUGCCCAGGUAAUGGCUGUGUGAACAAGUUGCCCCAAAGCAAACGAGGGUAUGGAUUUAUGGUGCUGGUAGCUCCUGAAGUAUGUACUCACACCCUGUAAUGCAUGUUCCAGAGCUCACUCUGUAAAGUGAGGCAUACUUUGUGGUGUUUACUGGGGAGGGGGUGAAAGGUGGUAAAAGUGAUCACCACAGGGAUACAGGAGCACUAUAAACAUUUACACCCUUGUUUGCUGCAGGGUAACUUCUUUUUGUGGGCUCACCUUCAGAUCUGGGAACUUAACUGCCCCAAAACCAAACAAUAGGAAAGAAAAAGCCAAACUGGCUCAAAGUUGAGGUCUUAAACUUGGUGUGUAUUUUUUAAUUAUUUUUUCUUGAGGACUUAGGCUUCUGUCACUGUUGGUGGUUUUGGGUUUGGUUUUUUUUUUAAUAUGGCUUGUAUAAAAGCACUUAGGGUUUAUAUAUCUGUAAGUUCAGGUGCAAUCGAAAACCUGUUUUUUACUGUUGUACUCUGAGCUAAGAGCUUUUCCCUGUAUUGGGAUGUAGGGUCUUGUUUCAUUAGUGCAUUGAUUUCUGUGAAGACCAAGGUUCUGAUCACUGAAGAUACUGAUUAAAACUGGUGGAUAUAUCAGCAUUAACAUCCUGGUGAAACACUUGCCUGUGUUAGCUCUGCAGCUCUUUUUCUGCAACCGGUGAAGUGGUUAGGGAGGAGUACAGAUGUUGAAACAAAUGGAGGAAUAUAGGUCAGGAUAGCUGUCGUCAGCCCCAGCACAUGACACUGCUAUAUCAGCUUUGCAUGUCCCCUUUUUUUUUUUUUUUAAACAGGAUCCUACCUUGAGACUAAGUCAACUGAUCAUCAUUAUUAUGACAGAUGCCUGUUACAAACUUUAUUGCAGCAUUUGAGGGAAGCUACAGAGAAAUGAACCUUUGUGUAACGGUAGUUAAGUUUGGUAAAUAGCAAGGAUGAGAAAAUCCGCCUUUGAACAAAUAUUUUGUCUCUGUGAGUCAGUCAUCCUGUGCUGAUUUAUGAUUUGAACAGAAGGGAUAAAAGCCUGACUAUUGGAGAUGAAUGGAGGAUUUCGGUCAGUUCAGAGAGACUGAUUUUAAGACAUCAUGUUUGUUAAAAGAUACAUCCUUCUUACAGAGGAAGAAUACUUGACUGCUUUUUUGAUUGUGUGCCAGAUGAGGUGGAGGAACAAAAAAAUUCAUUGUACAGUGAAGCAUCAUUUGCCUUCUGCAUUACCAAGUUGAUUGUAUGCUUAAAUUCUGUCACAGGGCUUUAAGGAUAGCUCUUCAGAGGCUGUUUCCUAUUUUGCCUUGGAGUACAGGUCCAUCAUACCUUCAGUAUAAGAGAUGCAUCUUAGCAGCUGUCAGAAAUUAACUGGAAAGGAGAAUGUGCUAUUUGGUUUCUGAUCUGUAUUUAAAGGAUGUGCUGACUGACUCGUUUGACAGAAUUAGAGACUGAAUGUGGAAACUUUGCACAAUUGUAGCAAUAGAAGUGUUUGGACAUGUAAAUGUUCUAGGCACCUGUUCGUGUGACUGGUUCUUACCAGUAGGGAGGCAACUUCAGUAUGACCCUUUUAGUUAGUGAAUGUAUAGACUUGUUUAUAUACUCAAAAGGAAAGAUAAAAUGGAUUAUAAUAUUUCCAUAAAGUUGAGCACUAGUUCAGUGAGCAGUGUUUGAACAGGCUGCCGUAUCUCAUGGCAUUGCAGAUUACCACAUCCUGAAAAAGUCCUGCAAGAAAAAUGCUUUUUCUCUUCCUUCACGUGGCCCUGGACAAGAGAGUCAUCGAUUGAGGACUUUGCCACCUUUCUCAAACCAGAAGCUUUCCUUGAUGAAAAAUACCAACAGUGUUCAUGGAUGCUGGUGUUAAAUAUGUUUGAAAUGUGUUUUAUUUUGUUAAAUGUCUAAAGCUUAACUUAACCUUCUGGCAAAUUCAUUUUUUCCUCCUAGUAAGUACUGCUGCUGUAAUUCUGAUUAGCAUCGAGCUGCCAAAUCUCUGGGCACAAUGCAAAUUUGUAAUGCUAGGGUACUAACUGGAUGAAUUUUGAGAACUCGUUUUGGAAUUUUAGUGCUGUGAAAUAAAACUUCACACUUUCUUCAUCUCUGUUUUAUAAGCAGUAAUAAUGACAGAAUCUUUAGUAUCAUGGCUGUGUUCUGCUUUGAAAUACAUUUGGUAGGUUGUUAUUACUUGUA